AAAGAAAAAGACAAAGAGAAGAAGUUAGAUGAUGACAGCACCGGUACCACAGUCCCUCAGUCAGCUUUCUUGGGCCCAACAUUAUGGGACAAGACACUGCCAUACGAUGGAGACACUUUCCAGUUGGAAUACAUGGACCUGGAAGAAUUCCUCUCGGAAAAUGGCAUUCCACCCAGCCCAAACCAGCACGAGCACAGCCCGCACCAGUCAGGUCUCCAGCAAGCUACCUCAGCAUCACCUUCUGUCAUGGACCUCAGCAGCAGGGCUUCUACUUCAGUCCAUCCAGGCAUGGUGUCGCAGAACUGCAUGCAGAGCCCAGUCAGACCAGGUCAGAUCCUGCCAGCAAACCGAAACACACCAAGUCCCAUUGAUCCUGAGACUAUCCAAGUUCCUGUUGGCUACGAACCUGACCCUGCAGAUCUUGCUCUUUCCAGUAUUCCUGGCCAGGAGAUGUUUGACCCUCGUAAGCGCAAAUUCUCUGAAGAAGAGCUGAAACCACAGCCGAUGAUUAAGAAAGCUCGCAAAGUCUUCAUUCCAGAUGACCUGAAGGAUGACAAAUACUGGGCAAGGCGUAGAAAGAACAACAUGGCUGCGAAGCGAUCGAGGGAUGCCCGCCGGCUGAAGGAGAACCAGAUCGCCAUCCGCGCCUCGUUUCUGGAGAAGGAGAACUCGGCUCUCCGCCAAGAGGUGGCCGACUUACGGAAAGAGCUGGGCAAAUGCAAGAACGUCCUUGCAAAGUACGAAGCUCGACACGGCCCCCUGUAAAUUCAAGGGGGGGAGUGGGUUUUUUUUCUUUUUUCUUUUUUUUUUUUUUUUUUUUGUUGCGGGUUGGCAUUUGAAUAGAUGGACAAUGUGUUUCCUGUUUGAUAGCACCACACCCAAACCAACCUUUCUGUCUUCAGCACUUUACCAGAAGCAGAAACAAAACUGACUUGCGUUACUUUUUUUGUUUGCGUAUGCGUGUACCUGCGUAUGUGUGCACAUGUGUGUUCACACGUCUGUAUAUGUGUGUGCGCGCGCUUGUGUGUGUGUGUGCAUGUGCGCGCGCGUGUGUGCGUGCGCACGCAUCUCAGCACUUCCCAUUUUUAUGAAGCCCUCUUCAAAGGGUGCCACAUUUUUACCUGGACUGUUGAGAACCGCCAUAGUAAGCUUUUUAUUAUAUUUUUUCAGUGCUGCUUCAGAGUAGGGUUUUUAUGUUAUUGUAACCAGUUCCAUCCUCCUGAUUUACUUGGAAAGAUCCCAGUAUAAAUUAUAAA